AUGGUUCGUCUUACUCCUGAAGUAAUCGAAGUAGCUCCACAAUAUCUUAAUCCAGUAGGCCAAUAUGAACUUAGUUUACGAGAUUUAAAACUUCCUGUUAUUGAAAAUUUGGGUGCAACAUUAAAUCAGUUUGAUACAAUUGAUCUUACUAAUAAUGAUCUUCGUAAACUUGAUGAUUUUCCAUAUUUACCAAAAUUAAAAACGCUUUAUCUUGCAAAUAAUCAUAUAACACGUAUUGCUGAAAAUCUUGAUAAAUACAUUCCAAAUUUAGAUACACUCAUACUUAAUAAUAACUUAUUACAAGUUUUAACUGAUAUUGAUCCAUUAGCAACACUAUCUAAACUAGCUCAUAUUAGUUUUGCUAGAAAUCCGAUUGCAAUGUUAAAAGAUUAUCGAUUAUAUGUUAUUCAUAUGCUACCAAACUUACGUACAUUAGAUUUUAAUCGAAUAACUCAAAAAGAACGUGAAGCUGCUUGUAAAAUUUACAAAUCUAAAUUGAAUAAAAAAACCAAGCAGAAACAAAAAAAUAUUAAAACAUUCACACCCGGUGAAGAAUUAGUUAAACCACAAACACCACGUAUGACUAAAAAAGUAGCUGAUGCUAUUAAGAAAGCGAUUACAGAAGCUAAAUCUCUUGAAGAAAUUAAUAAAUUAACAGCAAUGUUACAAGCUGGUGAAAUUCUAAAUCAAAAUAAUUCAAGCUCAAUAGACCAGGAAGAACAUACUGCUGUGGUGCAUAUUGCUGAUUUAGCUCAUGCUCGAGCUCAAGAACUUCAUUCGCUUUUAUAUGAACUUGGCCAUCGACAAGAGAAGCAUAGAACUGCUCUUCAAAUUCUUCCACGUUAUAUGCGACGGCGAGCAGCAAGUUAUAAUAUAAAACGUUUGCCACGUUCACUUCGUCCAUUAGCUGAUCCUAAAACCGGUACAGCUAAAAAGAAACGACCAUCUCGUCGUUAUCGUCGUCGACCUCGAGAUUUACUUGCAUCUUACACGAAUCGUCAACGUAAAAUCAAAUGGCUUAAAACACAUAUUUGGCAUGCAAAACGUUUCCAUAUGAAUACUUUAUGGAAUUAUCGUCUUGCGGAAAAAUCAAAUACAAAAUGUGUUCGACCAACAUAUAAAUCUUUACAUGAACGAUGCUUAAUUCAUGAUAUGUCCUAUUAUGGAUGUAUUGAAUUAGAAGGUGAUGAAGAAGAAAUCAUUAAAAAACUGACUCCAUUAUUUCCUUCAUCAAAUACUAAUUUAACACCAAAAGCUAAAAUGUAUCUUAAUGGACAAUUUGAAGGACAAUGUCUUGUUUAUAAACCACAUACAAAAGAAUGCUUAACACCGAUAAGUUUCAUGUGGAUGCCAUCAAAUGAUAAACAAAAACGUAAACUUUGGUUAUGGUGUCAUCCAGCUUCAUAUGAUACUCUCGCUCAAAUACUUUUUUCUUUGUUCAAUACUUCAUUAUCAACAACAACAACAACAACUGAAGAACCACCUGUUAAAAAACAAAGAAAUGAUGAUGGUGAUCAAGAAUCAGUAACUAUUACUUUAUUACGAGAUCAACAACAAUUAACUCGAUUUCGUUUAAUUGGUCCACUUUCAAUGGCUAUUCUAAAACAUGCACUUCAUCCAAGUAUGCUACCUAAUGAUCCUAUUGAACGAAAAACUGCACCAUUUGCAUGGUGGACAAAUGAAGCACAUUCAAAUGAUAAACAUCAACAACAACUUCACUUUUGGAAUAGUAAUAUUGGUAAUACAUCAACACUAAUGCCUAAUCGAAUUAUUUCACUUGUUGUACGUGAUCCACGUGUAUUUACACCAAUUAAACCAAAAUUAACAAUUCAUACUAAAACAAAUAUUGAAAAACUUGAAACAUCUCCACCAUCAUCCGUUGAUCUUGCUAGUUCACCAUUAUGGAUUGAAAAAUAUCGUACACAUUGUUGUGAAAAUAAAUUAGCAACAUAUCAAAUCAAUCUUUUUCGAUCAAAAACAUUAACAACUGAUAGUAAGGAAUUACAAUUAAAUGAAGAAGAAUCACAAAUUCCAUUGAUAUUAAUUCAUCAUCAUGAUCUUCUUUCACCUUUGUCACAAUAUCAACAAAAUCGAAAUGAUUUAGGAAGUGGAUGGGAUAUUAUUCUACCAAAUGAAUGGGCACAAAUAUUUUGGAUUUCACUUAUUUAUAGUGGUGCUAGACCAAUUGGUCAAAAAGAAUUAUCAUUAAUUGCUCAUGAAACUGGUGAAUUUCAAUUUCCACAAGAAUAUCCUGAUACAGAUGCUGGCAUUGCUUGGGCAUCAAAAAUUGAAUCCGAACAAUUAACACAUUUUUCUAAAUGUCCACCAUCAAAACGACCAAAUUUUUUCAUUAAUGGCAUUAAUAGUCCAUUUCGUCCAUUAUGGAUAAAUAUUGUACAUGAUUGGGCAUUAGAAUAUGAUCCAACAAAUACUAUGAUGCCUUCUCAACGAUUCUAUGUUUUACGUGAUCGAAAUCGUCUCUCUAUAGAAACUCUACAGCAACAUUUACAUUCACUUGUACCAAUUCGUGUUAGUAUAAAAGAUCAUAAAGGUGUUAUUGAUAAUACAGCAUUGAUUUAUUUACCCACUGUCGAUGAUUUAAAGACUAAUAAGAAGACAAUAGUAGAAUCUCGACAUAAUGAUCAAGCUCGAAUUGAAGAACGAAAAAUGAAAAAAGCGAAACAAACAUAUAAAAGAGGUCAAACAAUGAUUAAAUUAAUUGAACAACGAACAAAUAAUAAUGAACAAGCAAUUAUUCAUGAUUGUGAUCGAAAAAUAUUAGGUGCUAUGACAAGUGGAGCAUUUCAAUUUUCACGAGCUUGCUGUACAGGAAAAGGUUUUAUAGCAACAGGUGGUUUAUUAACUCUUUUACAACAACAACAGAAGAAGAAGACGACAAAGAAAGAAUUUCAACGUGUGUUAGUACGAACAACAACAUCGCAAUAUUAUCAUUGGGCAUCAUUAGAAUUUUAA